AUGUCACUAUCAAAUCUUCCCUUCGAGUUGCUACUUGGUAUCGCAGAGUACAUAAAGCAGGAACAAGACCUCAACGCGCUAGUUCGAACAUCAUCCCAUAUCUACAACUGCCUCAACUCUUUUCUUUACAGGAACAGCAUCCGAAAUUCUAGUUGUGCUGGUCUGGUGUCGGCCGCUGGCAAAGGAAGUUUGGGUGCCGUUCAAAGAUUCCUCGACCUGGGCGCUGAUUUGAACUCGAGGGUAAGCUAUCGCCGCCCGACUGCCAUACAAAAUGCAUCAAAGGGAGGCCACAUUGAGAUAGUGCAGCAUCUAUUGGAUAUCGAUGGAAUCAUCCUAACCGCCGAUGGUUCAAACUCCGUGCUGGCAUACGCGGUUCGCGGUGGCAAUGCCUCAGUGGUGAAGUUACUCCUUGCGGAUUGUCGUGCUGUCCCAGGUCCCGAAAGCUCUGAACGUACUACUACCCCAUUCCACUGGGCGGCAAAAGCUGGUAAUUCUGAUAUCAUGAAGCUACUCCUUGCCGAUGAACGGAUGAACCCAAACGCUACAGACAAUGCUCGACGCACCGCUCUACACAUUGCAGUUCAAAAGGGCCACUAUGCGGUUCAAAGACUGUUGGUCGAACACAGCCGUGUCGACCCCAAUUUGCAAGGUGGUUCAUAUAGCCGAACGCCCUUGCAUAUGGCCGUGGGCGCUCCAGGCCAUCGAGGACCAACAGAGUCUCUGAAGAUCCUGCUUAGCUCAGACAGGGUCGAUCUUGAAAUUUCGGAUAGUUCGCAGCGCUCUGCAUUGUCGCUAGCAGCCACAUCUGAAUUUCCCGUCCACAUUACGAUGCUUAUCGAAAAAGGGGCAAACCUAGAAAGCGUUACCGGACAUGGAUUUACACCCCUCCUGAUGGCUUGUAACUCGCUUUAUGACCUUUGUGGCAACAUAGAGUUGCUCAUUGGUGCCGGUGCGAACGUUCAUGCUAGAAACAAACAAGGGAGAACAGCCUUAUCUGUCGCUGCCCGAGCUAACAAUCUACAAACUGUCAAAAUGCUGCUUAAGCAUGGUGGUGUAGACCCGAGCAUUUGUGAUAAUGAGGGCUUUACACCAUUGCUAUUAGCUACACGUGAAGGGUAUUUAAAAGUGGUAACAGCCCUGGUACACCACGAUAUGGUAGAUAUCAACUUCAGGAAUGUCUACGGAAACACGGCACUACACCUUGCUACAUCCCGCAAUUCGUCGCGCACCAUCAAACUGUUGCUCGGACGGAAGGACAUCGAUAUCAAUGUGAAAAAUGGAGUCGGCCUAUCACCUUUAGCCCUGGCAGUUGCCUGCAGAUCAACCUCCCUUGUAUCGUUUUAUAUCCGCAUGGGAGCAGAUCUAGAUAGCAAAGACACCUCAGGACGAACACUGCUUAUGUUGGGCGUCGAAAAAAAAGCGAGAAUAUCCAUCAUUAGGGAGCUCCUUUCAACAGGUAGAAAUAAUAUCAAUUCACAAGAUAACGAAGGCAGAACAGCAUUGAUACGGGCCGUGGAAAUGAAUGAACAGGCCAUAGUUGAGCUUCUCCUCGAAAGACAGGACAUUGAUAUCAAUAUCAAAGAUAAAUACAGUCUAUGUGCCCUGUUGCAUGCGUUGAGGCGCAAUCGUAUCGAAAUUAUGAAAAUGCUACUGGCCAGAAAGGAUGUUGAUGUUAACGUCACAGAUGCCCAUGGAUUCACCCCGUUAUCAAUAGCCGUGGGCCGCUGUAGAGUUACAAUCAUGGAAACCUUGCUUGUCCAGCGUGGAAUCCAGCUCAACACCAGAGACAAGGAAGGGAGAACGCCUUUGCAUGUUGCGGCAGGAGCUGAUGAGGAAGAAGCCGUUCAACUCUUGCUUGCGCAAUCUGGGAUUGAGAUUAAUCCGAGAGAUAAUAACGAUACAACGCCAUUCGCACUUGCUGCCCAUCGGGGUUUUCACAGAAUUGUGGAAAUUAUGCUUGCAAAUGGCGGAGUUGAAUUAAACCCAAGGGACUGUAAAGGGAGGACGCCAUUGGCGCUUGCUGCUGGGAGUGGCCGUUCCAAAACUGUAGCAAUCCUGACCAAACAGGUUGGCAUUAACCUUGAUACGAUAGAUAAGGAAGGGGAAAUUGUAUCGGAUCAUGCUAGGCUGGGAGGAUCUUGA